AUGCAAAACGAUAAGUCAACACCUACUGUUAAUCAUCUUUCUAAUGAAGACAAACAAAAAAGAGAAAGUGCUCCAAAAAAACGUUUAACAGCAAAAGAGAAAAGAGCAAAUAAGAUAUUAAAAAUGAUGGAAGGAGCAAAAGAGAUUAAUGCUCUUGAUUUAGUUAAAAAGUCUGAAGAGGAGUUGUUGAAACAAAAACCAGAGUUUAUAAGUAAUUUACAAACAAAAUUCUAUGAACCAAAUGGAAUAUCUAAAUCAAAGAAUCAAUUAAGUGCAUUAGCAUUUAAUCUUCAAGAAAAUGAAAAACGAAUUGAAGAGCAAAAAAUAACAUAUUCAUUAAAAAAGAAAAGUGGAAGAGAAAAGUAUGGAUGGUAA